AUGGCGCAAGAAAUAUUUAAUGGCCUAAAGAAUCAUCAAAAAACGGGAACAAGGCAUAUAAUUUUUGAUGGCCUAAAGAAUCAUCAGAAAAAUAACAAUCCGCGCUAUGAGGUAGAUAUUAGAUGGAAUAUUAAGCAAAAUAAUAGUCAACAGCAAAAUGAUAGUCAAUCUUCCCCUUUUUCCUUUUCGGAUGGAGUACUUUCUAUUUAUUUUACUUCUGAAGAACUGAAAGGUGAAUUAGACCUGAAACCUUUCCCUAAUCUCAGAAAAAUCACUUUUCAAAACAAUGUUCAAUUUGAUAAUUUAGAAAGUAUCGAUCUUAGUAAAAAUGAAAAUUUGUGCAAAAUAGUGAUGGAGCAAACCGAUUAUCAAUGGAAUCCUUUUUUUCAUAAUUAUAAUUUUAUUUUGUUAAUUAAAGAAAUGCAAAUCGAAGAUAGAAAACUGGAACAAUUAGAGACUGAAAUUGCAGAACUAAGACAAUCUCUCAACUAUAAAGAUCAAAUCAUAACCGAAUUAAAUAAAAAAGCUCAACAAACUCCUACACUCAGUCAAUUUCGAGAACUAAAUAAUAUAGCUUUGGGUCGUACUGAUAUUAAUUUUAAUAAACUUAUGCAAGAAAUUAAAAGACUUAAAUUGAAAGAUUUUAAUCCUUAUUUUCAGGAGCAAAAAAAUACCUUUGAGCAAUUAACGGCUACAGCCAAAAAUAAGGCAGGUGAUAGUUUAAAAUCUAUUUUAGAUCUUUUCUUACAGACAAGCAGGCAAAUUAUCGAAUCCGAAGAUAAGAGCAACAAUUAUGAUUCCUUCGUUCAAGGGCAGUUACAGGGACAAUUGAACACUUGUCGAACUCUCCUGCAAACUAAAUUUACCCCAGAGGAACUAAGAAGUCUGCUAGAUAAACAAAAAGGGCUUAGAAAGUUAGAAAAACAUUCG